AAGUGGAAUUGGUUUGGCAGCAGGAAAAGCAUUCGCAUCGAAAUUUGGAAUGCACGUUGCCAUUGGAGAUAAUUCAGGAGCAGUUGAAGAAUCCGUUAAAGCAAUUCAAUCUCAAGCAAAAGAAGGAGUGAAAGUUUGGGGUGGUAAAGUUGACGUUUCAGAUCGACAAAGUGUUGAAUCGUUUAAAAAUCAAAUUCAAACCAAUUUUGAAGAUGCAAAACCCACCGUCUUGAUGGCAAAUGCAGGUAUCUCAGGAUCAACAAAAGCAAGUGAAUGGGAUGGUUGGGAGAAAGUGUUAGCGACAAAUAUGUAUGGAGUAAUCAACGUAAAUCAGGUAUUUCUGCCUUUGAUCAAAUCACACAAACAAGCAUCUUUGAUCAUCAAUACAGGUAGUAAACAAGGUAUCACAACUCCUCCAAUGACAGGACCAGCCUAUAAUGCAAGUAAAGCAGUCGUAAAAGUUUUCACAGAACAACUUGCAUGGGAAUUGCGUAAUUCAGAAGAUACGAAACAGAUCCAAGCUGCUUUACUCAUUCCAGGAUACGUUUGGUCAGGUUUGACGGGUGCAGGAUCGGGUAAAUCUAAGCCUCAAGGCGCCUGGACGGCAGAACAAACUGUUGAUUUCAUGUUGGAACGAUUGGAAAAGCCUGGAGUGUUUUACAUCUUAUGUCCCGAUAAUGAAACGCCAAGAGAAACUGAUCUGAAAAGAAUGGAGUGGAAUAUCGGUGAUAUCAUCGAAGAUCGUCCAGCACUUUCACGUUGGCACGAUGAUUAUUCUGCUAAAUUCAGCGAAUUCUCAAAGAAAUAAUCAUCACACCUCGGCCGCGAAUCUACUGAAUGAUGUACAAAAUUGACAAAAUGCGAUACACAGAAAGUUCAGAUUCUCAUCCGAACACGUUUUGACGACUGAGUUCAUCCGGUUUAGCAUCUUGCACCAACUUUUGACGUUUGGCUUCAGACUUGAAUUGUGCGGUUGUACGAUCUUUGUAUUCCUCUCCCUUUUUGCGUCUGGUAAGGUGACGGGUCAUGUUGGGUGAAAUAUAUUCUGGGUUUUCGUACACUGUUGCACCUCCAAAGCUACCUUCAAAGAUACGAAUUGGAGUUAAAACCAUUCUUGGACCGAUUUCGACUAAAGUUGGUUUUUGAUCUUCGGCUGAAGUGCCUUUUUUAGAAGAAGCUUUUUCG